AUGCAGCAGAACUCGAGCGCCGACCCCGAUCAGCGGAGUGGUAAGCGCAAAUCCACUGGCAAGAGGAAGCUUUCCGAUCAAGGAGAAGCAUCACAACCGCACUCCCAGCGAACUAUCUCGGAGCUUCUCUCCUCGAAUCCCUCGCGCAACACCCUCUCGCAGAACCUCUCUCCUUCUUCGAAGCGGACCCGCUUCUCCGUCUCACCUUCACGCUCCGCCUCUGACCACCCGGUGUCACCAAACAGGAUGUAUAACUUCUCUGGUUCCCCGCCCAAGAACGGCGCCGCUUUCGUGCGCAGCAUGGCAGGAUCAAGUGCGAAUGCACCAGUAGCAAAAGCACAGGCAUUCAGUGCAAACGGCCGUCAGAACAACUUCAGUCCUCAUGCUGGAGCAAAGAAGCUUGUCGUCAAGAACCUUCGCACAGGACCGCGGAUGAACCAAGAGCCAUACUUUGACAAGACAUGGGCACAGCUGGAUGCUGCACUAUCAGCUAUCUUCGAUGGCCAGAAGCCAGAAAUCUCGUUGGAAGAGCUAUACAAGGGCGCGGAGAACAUUUGUCGGCAAGAGCGAGCGGCCCUAUUAGCCAAGAAAGUACAGGAGAGGUGCAAGGAUUACGUCGCUGGAAAGCUACGGGACAAUCUUGUGACAAGAGCUGGAGGUGGAACCGAUGUUGAUACAUUGCGUGCAGUGAUCGAGGCAUGGUCGGUUUGGCACUCGAGACUAAUUACUGUUCGCUGGAUAUUCUACUACCUUGACCAGUCAUUCCUCUUACACUCAAAGGAUUUCCCUGUAAUCCAGGAAAUGGGACUGAUCCAGUUCCGUGCCUACGUGUUCGCUGACCAGAGCCUGAAGCCCAAAGUACUACGAGGUGCCUGCGAUCUCAUCGCCGUCGACCGUGGCGCCGAGACCAGUAUCAUCCCCGACGCAACGUUACUCCGAGACGCUAUAGAGCUCUUCCACAGCCUCGAUGUCUACGCUAGCGAGUUUGAGCCGCUAUUUAUUGAUGACUCCCGCAACUUCGUUAAAUCAUGGGCCCAGCGGGAAUCCAGCGGGGAUCUUGCUUCAUACGUUGAGAAUAGCCAGCAUCUGAUCGAAAGUGAAGUGGAACGAUGUGGCCUAUUCUCAUUAAAUCGAAGUACAAAACAAAAGCUGUCCGAGCUGUUGGAUGAGAUACUGGUGACAGAGCAAGAGGCAGUUCUCCUCAGUGAGAAUGACGUGCUCGGCUUGAUGCGAUCGGGCAAAAAGACCGCUCUGAAACAGCUGUACAGUCUUCUCACCCGGCGAAACCUGGCAAGCAAAUUGAAGUCUGCAUUCAGUCAUUUCAUCGUCGAAGAGGGCUCCAACAUUGUGUUCGACGAGAAAAAUGAAGCGGAUAUGGUCGAUCAUCUACUGCAGUUCAAGAAACAGCUUGACGAUACACUUGCCGAGUCGUUCGAUCGGAACGAAACUCUUGGUCAUACUUUGCGCGAGGCUUUCGGCCAAUUCAUGAACCUUGGCAAGAAAGGGGAAUCCACUGCUGGCACCGACAACCCCAAGACCGGAGAGAUGAUUGCCAAGUAUGUGGAUCGGCUUUUGAAAGGAGGUUGGAAGAUGCCUGCUAGUCAGCAAGAGGGUGCAAUGGCGGACGAGGAUGCAGAGAUCAACCGCCAGCUCGACCAAGUCCUGGACCUAUUCCGAUUUGUGCAAGGGAAGGCAGUGUUCGAAGCCUUUUACAAGAACGACCUUGCGAGGCGUUUAUUGAUGGGUCGAAGUGCAAGUGACGAUGCCGAGAAGAGUAUGCUGGAACGUUUGAAGAGAGAAUGUGGAUCAAGCUUUACGCAUAACCUUGAGACUAUGUUCAAGGAUAUGGAAGUGGCGCGCGACGAGAUGACGGCGUACACUGCUUUCAACCGAGAGCGUAGUCGCAAGGAGCGCCCACCGAUUGACCUCAGUGUCAAUGUGCUCUCCGCCGCCGCAUGGCCAACAUAUGCUGACGUUCCCGUCCGUAUCCCAUCGGUCAUCGCGACCUCGAUCAAUGACUUCCAAGAAUUCUAUUGCAACAAACACACCGGUCGCCGGCUCAACUGGAAGCAUCAGCUUGCCCACUGCCAAUUGCGGGCCAAGUUCCCCAAGGGAUCUAAGGAGCUGGUGGUCAGCUCGUUCCAGGCAAUUGUGCUGCUUCUCUUCAACGACAUCGGCGCGGAUGAAAGCUUGCCCUACUCGGAGAUCCAAGCCGCGACGGGCCUUUCGGACCCGGAAUUGAAGCGAACGCUGCAGUCACUCGCGUGCGCCAAAUACCGCGUCUUGACGAAAUCGCCAAAGGGUAAAGAGGUCGAAACAACCGACAGCUUCUCCUACAAUACCAGCUUCACCGACGCCAAGAUGCGCAUCAAGAUCAACCAGAUCCAGUUGAAGGAGACCAAGGAGGAGAACAAGACGACUCACGAACGCGUCGCGGCCGACCGGCACUACGAAACUCAAGCAGCGAUUGUGCGCAUCAUGAAGAGUCGCAAGACUAUCAAGCAUGCCGAGCUCAUUGCGGAGGUGAUCGAGGCCACUCGUCACCGCGGCACCCUCCAGCCCGCCGAGAUCAAGACCAACAUUGAGAAGUUGAUCGAGAAAGAUUACAUGGAGCGAGCCGAUGGCAACCAAUACAAAUACGUGGCAUAG